AUGUAUCCUUCAGCAUUGCCGGUAGCUCUCUUCCUGCACACCGUUGCGGCAGCCUCAUCGUUCAAUCUUUACACAAACUUCGAUCCGGCUGGCGUUGAGCUCAUUCUGGGCUUUUCUGCAGAAUGUCUCGAGGCGCUUAACGCCACAGUCAACUGCGAUUCUGCUACGACACUGUUGGCCGCCCAAGGUCCAGAUGAAACUUACUGGUCUCAAGACAACCUCACAACGUUCUGUACCGACCAAUGCGCUUCAUCUAUGACAUCUUGGGUGUCCAACGUCGAAAAUCGUUGUGCUGGACAGUCUGCAGACUUCGGAGAUACCAUCGUGCAGGCUGUGACUGACCCGCUGCUUGUUGCUGCUGGCCACGAUUUACUGUGCCUCAAAGACAGCUCCGGUUCUCUAUGUUAUCUAGAAUCGCAAGAUUGGCAAGGCAGCGACUACGUGAGAUACAAUCCUCCGGCAUGCCUCGCAGAUGACCCGGAUCGCCCUGAAGGUCUGUGCGACGGUACCCAUUUCUCGACCGAGAUCAAUAUCUUGCCAGAAAUGACCAACGUCACGCGACUUUACGAUAGCGAGCUGGUAGACGACUCGCCCCAGUGUAGUUGA